AUGCGGCGUCUCUCAUGGAGAACGCUGAGUCUUCACAGUAAUGUUGCUCAGCGUUGGGCACGCCGCGGCGCAGAUGCACUUAAAGGCACAGCAGCAGCAGCAGCAGCAGCAACAACAACAGAGAAAUCAACGCGAAGGUCUGGGAAAAUAACUUCUUCACACAAAGAGAAUAAAAAACCAGAUGUUUAUGAGGAAGAAGAAGAAGAAAUAAAAGAAUCGGGAUCUUUUCUCAAUAUGGAUGAUAUCCAUCAUAGCAGCCAAGUUCACAAUAAUAACAACAACAAUAUGAUCCAUAACCAUAAUGAUAAUCAUAACAACAACAACAACACUCAUGAUAGUGAAAAGAGCAGUAUAAAGAAUGGUGUGAAUAGUGUAUAUAGUGCUGGAGGAGAUAUUGAUAUAGGGAAUGAUAUGUUCACACCCACUGUUGAUAUGGAAGAGGAAUAUAGUACUCCCGAUAUGUCUUCUUCAAGUAGUUCCUCUAAUGAGAGUGUACUCUACGCUAUUGAUGUUCUCUGUGAUGAUCUCUUCUCAUGUAAGACGGAUGUGUUAAAAUCAUUUGCACGAACUCGUUCAGUGAGUGGGGCAAGUAAGUCUGAACUCGUGAUGAAUCUUAUUGAUCUUGCCAAUCGUGAGGCUCAUGGGGAAAAUCAAGAUCUUAGUAUUACGAAACGAGUUCUUGGUGAUGUCUUUAAUGAAGAUGUUCGUGUAAGUGGAGUACGAUCUCAAUGGACGAAUAAAUCUCUUGAGGCUUCACAUGUGGAAAUGGCAUGUGAUGGACAUCUUAAAUUUGAGGUAAUGAGUUAUACACAAAAAACACUUAUGGUUCGUAGAAAUGCGUCAGAAUCCGCACGUGUUUUACGUAAACUUAUACGUUCAUUUCAACAAGAUUAUCAACGAACAUCAGAGGCGGCAGUGGGUGGAGUAUUUCGAAACUUUAAGGCAGAAGCGGAUCAAUUAGUAGAAGAGAUGUCAUCUGUAGAAGUUGUAGCCCCAUUUGCAUCUUUUCUUGUUUCUUAUGUGCGUUAUGCUACUUCUGCAAAUCUUCUCACACGUACAAAUGUGAUUGAACGUUUAGAACAAUUGGGAUUAGUUCAAAUGUCUGUAGAGGAAAGUAAUGAGACCACUCUUCAGCGAUUAAUGGCAUUAUUAGAUGAUGUAGUGGCAGAAGUUGAACGUCGGGCGGUUUGUUUUGGCGAUAAACGAACAUCGUGGGGAACAGAAACACCGGAAGUACUGCGAAGUUCCAUUCAAGCCUUUGGAGAUUAUAAUGCCCAACAACAUCAACAAUCUCAACAUGGUGAAGUGUUUGAACGGGCACCAGAAUGGGUACAUGAUUUAGUGCGAAUGUUUAAUAAUUGGGAGGCAAUUGUUCGUACAGAUAUUCCAGUAUUGGAGGAUGUGCCAAAGUAUAUAUUUGAUUGUAUUUUAAGUGGUGUGGUGUGUUUAAAUCUAUUACAAAAUAUAUAUGGUGAUAUCAUUACACCUACAGAUGUUCCUCUCUCUGUUCGCGGGGCUGUGAAAAGGGCAAUGGAGGCUCAUUUUAAAAAUGAAGAAAAGGCUGCACAUGCAUUAGCGAAACUCUUUGCAUAUGUACAAGCCCCAGGAGACUCUGGAACUGUGCGGGCGGAAUUCUUCGCGGCGGUCUUAUCACAAAUGCAAGGUGCCUUUCACGAUACUGAACAGAAUAUUUUACACAAUGCACGAGUGGCAUUAGUAUUACGAGAAGUGUGUGCAACCGCCUCACGGUGUACACGGACAUGCGGUUUAUUUCACAUGCUUGUAAAGAUUACAGAAGAUUUAAGGUUUCAAUUCCGUUUUAAUACUAUUUUUAAAAAAUUAAGUGGAAGAGAUCGUACAACGAUUCGUACAAAAUACAGUAUUAAUAUGGUGAAAACAUUAGAAUACUUUGAACAGGAAUAUGGAGUCACUCCAACCUCUACGAAAGCGGUAGGAUUUCUUGUUAUUCAACUCUUACAUUUCUCUAUGCGUGGAACUGGUGGUAAUACCAGUAAUACUAGUGGGAAUAAUAAUAAUAAUAAUAAUAAUAGUAAUAGUAAUAUUAGUGGUGGUGGUGGUGGUGGACGUCCUCUUCUUGAACGUUUUGUAAGUGUUACUGGUAAAGAAGAGUUUUCUAUUGUUUGUAUGUCUGAAGUGGAGGCUACACAGAUUCGUGAUUUACGCGUUGCAUUUCCUCCACAACUUUCAUACAAUUCAUGGUUACAUCAAUCCGAUACAAAGGAAAAGUCUGUUUAUAAUGUACUUCCCUCUGUUGCGGUGAAGGGAUCUACAAAUCAAGCUAUGAUUAUUUCUCAAGCUCCAAUGAUGAAAGCAUUAGAUGCUAUUUCUCGUGUACCUUGGCGUAUUAGUAAAUAUAUGUUACAUGUACAAGAGGCUAUUGUACGUGAAGGUUAUGGAUUUGGUAAAAUUCGACCUGGUUUUUAUCCAUUACAUUACUGCGCAAAGAGUCGCGGUGAAAUUACAUAUGAUAAUAAUAAUAAUGAUAAUAAUAAUAGUAAUAAUAAUAAUGGUUAUGGUGGAGAUUAUGAUAAUGAUGAUGAUAGUGGAUGUGAUGUGUAUAAUUUACAACAACGUCGUGAGUAUGAUACACAACAAGAUGAAGAUUGGAAGAGUUUAUCAGAACUUCGUAGUAAUCGUAUUCAUUACUUACAAGCUCUUCGUCAAGCCCGUUCACUUGUACAGUUUUCACAUAUUUAUUUUCCUAAUAGUAUGGAUUUCCGUGGUCGUAUGUAUCCACUUCCAGGUAGAUUAAAUCAUACCGGUUCCGAUCCUUUUCGUGCCUUAUUAGAAUAUGCAGAACCUAAACCUCUUGGAACGAUUGGAUUAUAUUGGCUUAAAGUUCAUUUAGCUAAUAAAAUGGGAAUGAGUAAACUUUCCUUUGAUGAACGUGUACAUUAUGUAAAUGAACACAUUGAAGAUGUUGUACGAAGUGCGGAAUCCCCUCUCUCUGGUGAUAAAUGGUGGCAAGAGGCUGCAGAACCCAUGCAGUGUCUAAUGGCGUGUAAAGAGUUAGCGGAUGCCCUUAAAUGUUCACAAGGUGCUGAAAAUUUUCUCUCACGUCUUCCCGUUGCCGUGGAUGGAAGUUAUAAUGGUUUACAACAUUAUUCCGCAAUUGGUCGAGAUGCCUUCGGGGCUCAAUUAGUAAAUCUUGUACCAAGUGAAAGACCCGCAGAUGCAUAUACAGGAAUAUUAAAAGAAAUGAUGCGAUCUAUUACCGCAGAUGCAGAGAGAGAUCACCCGGUGGCUCAACGUUGUUUAGGAACUGGUAAAGGACAAGACUGCAAUCAUGUUAAGCGAAAAACCAUUAAACGACCCAUUAUGACUCAAGUGUAUGGAGUAACAGGAUAUGGAAUGUCUGAACAGAUAUUAGAUGAAUUGGUUAAACAAAAUAAAAAUCAUGGAUUAUGGACAUCUACAGAUAUGCGAGAGAUGGCGGAUUAUUUACGAGAAAAAGUAUUAGAAUCACUUGGAGUGACAUUUCGAGAAACUCAAAACUGUAGACGUUGGAUUACAGAUGUAACGAAUAUGAUUUGGGAAGCCCAACCAGCGGAGUUGCGAACAGCUCUCUGCUGGACUACACCACUUGGUUUAGUGGUUCGACAACCGUAUAAAGUAAAGAAGGAAAUUAUGUUAUUUACGGCUCAUGGAUGUACACGUAUUCCCGGUGAUGUAUUUGCGGCGGCAAGUCGUAAACAAUUAACAGCGAUUGCCCCUAAUUUAAUUCACUCUUUAGAUGCCACUCAUCUUGCCAUGACGGCUAUUGAAAUGCAAAAUCUUGGACUUUCCAUGAUGGCUGUACAUGAUAGUUACUGGACCUAUGCAUGUGAUUUACCGGUAUUAAGUAAAGUCCUUCGACAACAGUUUGUUACGCUUUAUAGUAAAUAUGAUCCCUUGUGGGAAUUAAAGGAACAGUGGGAGGAGGCGUACUUUAUGGAUCUCCGCCGGCACGGUUUAUUACUGCCAGACCCACCACAGCGGGGAGAUCUCGAUCUCAGUGUGGUAUUGGACUCUCCAUACUUCUUCUCAUAA